UUUACCACCACUGAAACACACCAACAAAAAUGGCGUUCGUAGAACUAAUUUCUGCGAUACAUUAGUUUAUAAACGUGCGCAAAAGCAACGGAGAGGGCAGUUAAUAAUGUAGUUUAACUAAUCAAAAAGUGAAAACCCAUAACGAAUAGCUGAAUAAGCAUAGCACGCGCUUUAUAAUAAAUUCUCGUGGUUUUGCUCCCUUCCGUACCUCCGUCGGUCGUCGGCUGCCUUCCGUUGCUCGCAUUCGCCGUGCGUAAAGCGAAAGAAUAUUUAUUGCAAUCGCGCUGAAAUAGAGCACACUACAUAUAGACGAGCGUACAUAUAAGCACAUGUGUAUAGUUUAUAAUAAAUUUAAAGUGAUUCGAGCCACCAAAUUUGCCUCAAUUGAUUAUUAUUGCAAAUUUUUGCAACAUACACACACACACGCCCGUACAAAUACGAAUGCAAAUGCGAGGCGCACCCAUACAAGAGCAGAAGCUAAAUUAAAGUUAAUUAAACGCCUAGUGGAAUUUAAUUUAAUACAAUUUAUGAAACACAUAAUAAAGUAAAGCCUCAGUUCCCUUGCCUUGCAAGAGAAGGGCGUCGGUGUGCUUGUGUGUGUGUGCGUACGUGAGUGAGCGAGACAUGUGCGUGUGAAUUGUUUUCAAAGCAGCAGCAGCAACAGCAACGGUAACAGCAAAGCAGCAAAACAAUUUCGGUUUUUUUUGUAACUAACAAAUCGGUGUUAGCAUGCUUAUGUGUGUGUGCAUACAAUGACACAAAACCGCAACUGCAGCUGCAACAACAACAACCACAGCCAGCGUCAAGGCUAUCGAAAACAGCAACAAGAACUGCAACAGCAGCAACAGCAGAGGGAGAGACAGCAGCUACCUUCGGCAAUGAAAUUAUUUCUUGCUGCGUCCACCUCCACCACUACCAUCACCUCCCACUCCUCCCUUCGCCAAAACCAGCAGCAGCAGCAGCAGCUAGAGAAACAAACAUGCUGCUUGGUCGCCGUCUAAUUGUCGUAUAAAUAAUUAAUCGGCAUACAAAAUAAAUGCACGUAUAUUUACAAAGGCGCAACAAUACCAAUUAAAAGUCGGAAAUUAUGAAUAAAUUGGACUAUCCACGUCGCAAUGGUACACACAAAGUUCGAAUAACGAUAUUGUGUGCUCGCAACUUGGCUCGCAAGGAUUUAUUUCGCCUCCCCGAUCCCUUUGCCAAGGUCCAGGUGGAUGGCACGGGUCAGGUGUACUCGACGGAGAUAAGCAAGUCCUCGCUGGACCCCAAAUGGAAUGCUCACUACGACCUGUUCCUGGGCCUGGCCGAUGCCAUCACCAUAACCGUGUGGAAUCAGCGAAAGAUACGCAAAGGCAGCGGCUUCCUGGGCUGUGUGCGGAUACCCGCCUUCACCAUUCAAAGCCUCAAAGGUGCAGGAUUUCAACGCUUGGAUCUGGGCAAACUAUCGCCGGACGACGAUGAGCUGGUGCGUGGACAAAUUAUUAUAUCGCUGCUGUCGAAGGAUGGCCCCAGCAGUGGCAAUCCCCUGGCCAUUGUGGGGCCCAGCGGCGAUGUGCGGGGACCCUCCGAGGAGGACUCUUCGGAGGACAGCCUGCCCGAGGGCUGGGAAGAACGGCGCACGGACAACGGACGCAUCUACUAUGUGAAUCAUGCCACAAAAUCCACACAAUGGGACAGACCCCGACAGCCGGGCGGCGGCACCUCACCGCAGCAGCGGCAUCACAAUGGCAACAACAGCCACGGAAAUGGCCAGGCGCCGGCGGGUCCUACGCGCUCCACGACCUGCACCAAUCUGCUGAAUGGCGGCAAUCGGAAUCGAGAGACGUCUUUGACGGGGUCGGACGAGCGACGUCACUCCACGGAGAUCCUGUCCAGCGUGGGCAAGGAGAACACCAGUCCCACGACUCCCAUGGCCUCAAUCGCCACCACACCUGGCAAGAAAUCCUCCUCCACGACCACCACAGGCGGUCGCACCUUGGAGGCGCGCAGCGGCAACGAACCGGCCACGCCCACAAGCAGCACGACAACGACAACGUCGGCGGGAACGGGUCGCAUCCACAGCAACAAUGACAAUCACGUGAAUCAUGUUAAAACGCCAAAGCAUCAAACAAAUGGCCACGGCCAUGGCCAUAGCUCCCAUACACCCGUCGAGGGCACCUCCACAUCGCCCACGGGCCAGCAGAACUAUGUGAACGGAAAUGCUCAAAGUGGGACAGCACCAGGGAGUGGCAGUGGUGGAAAUGGAAGCUUCCAGGCGGCACAGCCACAAAGCGCCAGCAAUGGCUGGACACAGGAGGAGACAUCAGCAACGACAGCAACGACAACGACAGCGACAACGACGCCACCCAGGCACAAUCAGAGCCAGAGCCAGAGUCCACCCGCAACGAAUGCAGCCACAUCCCCAGCGCCGGCAGUUACGCCCGCGGCCAACGGCAACACAGUUCACAGUCCGAAUGCAAACAGCCAGCCAGGAGGGGGUGGUAGAUCCUACACUGCAACGACCCCUGGCCAGCGUUCGCAGCGUCGCAGCUCCCGGCAGCAGGGUGGCGAUGAGUCCUCCACACGGCGUCGCUCCUCGCGCGGCACGCGCAACGGUGGCAGUGCUGCAGGAGGCGGAGGAGGAGGAUCUGGACAGAGACUGGCAUCGGCCGCCAUUGCAGCUGCCAAUCAGGCGGCGCGUCCCUUCCUCGACCUGCCCUCCGGCUACGAGAUGCGCACCACGCAACAGGGCCAGGUGUACUUCUAUCACAUACCCACGGGCGUGUCCACGUGGCACGAUCCACGAAUACCGCGCGACUUUGACACACAGCAUCUGCCGCUGGACUCGAUUGGUCCCCUGCCCAGUGGCUGGGAGCAGAGGAAAACGGCCUCCGGGCGGGUCUACUUUGUGGACCACAACAACCGCACCACACAGUUCACGGAUCCGCGGCUCAGUGGGAGUCUCCUGCAGCUGAUUCGACGGGGACCUGUGCCGCCAACUGGAGCAGCAGCUCCUGGCGCUGCCACACCACCUACGACAGCAGCAGCAGCGACGGCGGCUGCCACGUCCUCGCCAAAUCCCACGUCUGCAUCCAAUCAGCCGGCUACACCUGGCCCUGCGCCUGCACCAACAACAGCAGCGGCAGGAGGAGCAGGUUCUACGACAGCACACACGACAGCGACAACGAUAACGAACACCCCGCAUCGCAUUUGUCCGGAAGGGCUGCCGCAGGGCCUGCUCGAAGGUGCUGACCUGCUGCCAAAGUAUCGCCGGGAUCUGGUCGGAAAACUACGCGCCCUGCGCACCGAGCUGCAGACGAUGCAGCCGCAGUCCGGCCACUGCCGGCUGGAGGUGUCGCGCAACGAGAUUUUCGAGGAGAGCUAUAGACUGAUAAUGAAGAUGCGGGCCAAGGAUAUGCGCAAGCGCCUGAUGGUCAAGUUCAAGGGCGAGGAGGGACUGGACUAUGGCGGCGUGGCCCGCGAGUGGCUGCAUCUGCUCUCCCGCGAGAUGCUCAACCCGCAGUACGGCCUGUUUCAGUACAGUCGCGACGACCACUACACGUUGCAGAUCAAUCCCGACUCGGGCGUGAAUCCGGACCAUCUCUCCUACUUUCACUUUGUGGGCCGCACCCUGGGCAUUGCCGUGUUCCACGGCCAUUGCCUCGACGGGGGCUUCACCACGCCCUUCUACAAGCAGCUGCUGAACAAACCCAUCACGCUGGGCGACAUCGAGGGCGUCGAUCCGGAGCUGCACCGCAGCCUUACCUGGAUGCUGGAGAGCAACAUUAGCGGCAUCAUCGAGUCGACAUUCAGCGUGGAAAACAAUAGCUUUGGGGCUCUGGUGGUGCACGAACUGAAGCCCGGCGGCGCCGCCAUACCCGUCACCGAGGAGAACAAGCGCGAGUACGUUAAGCUCUAUGUGAACUAUCGCUUCAUGCGCGGCAUCGAGCAGCAGUUUCUGGCACUGCAGAAAGGCUUCUGUGAGCUGAUACCCAGCCAUCUGCUGCGACCGUUUGAUGAGCGGGAACUGGAAUUGGUCAUUGGGGGCAUCUCGAGCAUCGAUGUCAACGAUUGGCGCAACAAUACGAGACUGAAGCACUGCACGAACGAGACGACGCAAGUGCUGUGGUUCUGGCAGGUGGUCGAGUCGUACAGCUCUGAGAUGAGAGCACGUCUGCUGCAGUUUGUGACGGGUUCGUCGCGGGUGCCGUUGCAGGGAUUCCGUGCGCUGCAGGGAUCCACGGGUGCAGUGGGGCCACGCCUGUUCACCAUUCACCUCACCGUCGACGUGCCCACACAGAACCUGCCCAAGGCGCACACUUGCUUCAAUCGGAUCGAUCUGCCGCCGUACGAGAACUAUCAGCUGCUCUGCGAUAAGCUAACCCAAGCGGUGGAGGAGACCUGUGGCUUUGCCGUGGAGUAGGGACCAAACGAUCGAUAGAAACAUCCCCCCACACACCCGAUCCACGCAUAUGCAAAUACAUAGGCACCAAUAAAUAAAUAUACACAUACAUAUACCAUAUACCAUAUACACAAAGGCACAUGCGAUGAGGACGCGUAUAUCAAAAUUCUAGGGACCUUGAUCCCUGCUAAUUAUAAAUAACUGUUUUUUUACCAUUUGAUUUUCUGUUUGUUGAUGUUUAAUCGUGUGUGCGCUGCGCAUUUUGCAGUUGGAAAUCAAA